AUGUCGUCUAUCUUUGUCAAUAAUGGCUCCUUCAUGGAAGAAGCCACCACACCAGGACAUAACCACGAAAGCACUUCUCACCCAUUGGACGUACACCCAAUUACUCUUUACGAGGGGGAGAUAUCUACGGAAGACCACUUGGUUCCAAUGGAUGUCAAUUUUUCGUUACUAGGAAUCGGAUCUAAGAGCAAUGCUAGCAUUCACAAUGAUACUACAUUCAACGUCCCUGCAUUGCCGCCUACCUCUACACAUGUAGAUCCCUCCCAUGUUGCAGAACGCACUGGCAUUGCUGGAGAUUCUGCCCUGUUAUAUAGCACAACUGCUCGAAACACGACUCAAUUUGGUGCUUCUUCUUCGAAUAGACUACAUCUUGCAUGUGGAAGGACAACAGGAGAAAUCGAACAACAAGAUGGGAAUGAACAUCAGGAGGAGAAGGAACAACAGGAGUGGAGGGACCAUCAGGAGGAGGAACGGGAGGGAGGGGAGCAACAGGCUGGGAAGGAACAACAUGAUGGAGAGGGACAACAGGGACAGGCUGGGAAGGGACAACAGGAGGGAGGGGAACAUCAAGAGGGGAAGGAACAACAGGUUGGGAAAGGACAACAGGGACAGGAUGGGAAGGGACAACAAGACGAAACAGACAGCACGAUGGAAAUGGGCACGAAUGAAGGAAACGUCGUCCAUCCGCGACAAGUUCAAGGGAUACUAAACGCAUUGGGAAAGUGGACGGGCAAAGUUUUCGGGUGCUAUGAAACGACGUCCGGUCAGGACAUUCACGAACUGGAUGAAACCUCUCCAAAGCGACCUCAGCCAAUCCCCCACCUCUCCUCCGCCACCACCGCCACCACCCAGUCUCAGUCCCCGAACUGGCAACAUGGCAGCGACCACCAACUCAGCAGAUGGACGUACGAAACAUUAAACGAAGAAAUGACCAUCUCGGAGAAGAUGUUAAAGUACGAUUGGACUGGUCGUGAAUAA